GUGACAGCUAGCUAGCUCUGUCAUCCGACAGAGAUCAGAAACGCAAAACCUGUGAGCUUGCUCGCUCUUGAAAUAGUAUCUUUAUUUGGAAUUUGUUACCAUAAACAACCGGCUGACUAUUAACAGUUUACCUGCCCCUAGUCUGAGUGUCCUUGCUGUGGGAAAGAUGGUCAAGCCAGACAUCCACACCCUGGCUCACCACCUGAAGCAGGAGCGUCUGUACGUGGCCUCGGAGAAGCAGCUCAUCCAGAAGCUCAACGGGGACGUGCUGAAGACGGCAGAGAGGCUGUACCGGGCCGCCUGGAUAGCCAAGCGCCAGAGGAUCAACCUGGACCGCCUCAUCCUCACCAGCGCCGAGGCUUCUCCCGCCGAAUGCUGCCAGCACGCCAAGGUGCUGGAGGACACCCAGUUUGUGGACGGCUACAAGACCCUGGGCUUCCAGGAGAGCAUCUACGGGGAGUUCCUGAGCCGGGUGCGGGAGAACCCCCGGCUGGUGGCCUCCUGCCUGGUGGCCGGGGAGAGGCUGAACCAGGAGCACACGCAGGGGGUCAUCCACACCGUGUUCACCUCCCUGUACGGGAACUGCAUCAUGCAAGAGGACGAGAGCUACCUGCUGCAGGUGCUGCGCUACCUGAUUGAGUUUGAGCUGAAGGAGAGCGACAACCCGCGGCGCCUGCUGCGGCGGGGCACGUGCGCCUUCAGCAUCAUCUUCAAGCUCUUCUCCGAGGGCCUCUACUCGGCCAAGCUCUUCCUCACCGCCACCCUCCACGAGCCCAUCAUGCAGCUGCUGGUGGAGGACGAGGACCACCUGGAGACGGACGCGGCCAAGGUGACGGAGCGCUUCACCCCGGCCCAGCAGGAGCGCCUGUUCGGGGAGAAGGGCUCGGACGGCUACCGCCAGAAGGUCCAGGCGGCGGUGGAGGCCAACGAGGCCAAGCUGGUGACGCUGGUCAACAAGUUCAUCGGCUACCUGAAGCACAACACCUACUGUUUCCCCCACAGCCUGCGCUGGAUCGUGUCGCAGAUGUACAAGACGCUGUCGGGCGUGGAGCGCCUGGAGGUGGGCGAGGUGCGGACCAUGUGCACCGACCUGCUGCUCACCUGCUUCAUCUGCCCCGCCAUCGUCAACCCCGAGCAGUACGGCAUCAUCUCCGACGCGCCCAUCAACGAGGUGGCGCGCUUCAACCUCAUGCAGGUGGGGCAGCUGCUGCAGCAGUUAGCCAUGGCAGACGAUGAUGGGGACCCGCGACGGAAAAACAGUUUGGCCAAAUUCGACAAGAGCUGUGUGGCCGCCUUCCUGGACGUUGUGAUUGGUGGCCGAGCUGUGGAGAACCCGCCCAUAUCCUCCAUGAACCUAUUAGAGGGCCUGAGCAGGACGGUGGUGUACAUGACCCACUCCCAGCUGCUGACACUGGUGGACUUUGUGCGCAGUGUGACGGCCGGAGACCACCUGCGUGAGGAGGACCACAUGGCUCUGGAGAGCCUGCUGACCAACAUCCCCCUCUCCCGCACGGUCAAGAGCAACAGCCUGGAGCUCACGCCCUCCAACACCCCCCAGCUGUCCCCCGCCACCACCCCCGCCAACAAGAAGAACAGGCUCCCCAUAGCCUCCCGCAGUCGCAGCCGUACCAACAUGGCCCAGGAGGGGGAGCAAGAGGCCAGCUCCCUGGAGUCCCUGCAGGAAGUGAUGCCAGAAGAAGUGCUGGUCAUCUCUCUCGGCACCAGCCCUCAGACCAUCCCUGGGAUGAUGUCGGAGAACGAGGUCCUGACGAUGCAGCUGGGGGACGGGGCUCAGGGCGAGGCCCCCGCCGACGACACCAAGCAGCACGGCAAGCCAGACAAGACCCUGCGCUUCUCCCUCUGCAGCGACAACCUGGAGGGCAUCUCAGAGGGGCCCUCCAACCGCUCCAACUCCGUAUCCUCCCUGGAACUGGAGGCGGAGUCCGUCUCCGAGCUGGGAGCAGGGCCGUCAGGGAGCAACGGGGUGGAGGCCCUGCAGCUGCUGGAGCAUGAACAGGCCACCACUCAGGACCUGGACGACAAGCUGCGCAAGUUUGAGAUCCGGGACAUGAUGGGCCUGACCGAGGACCGAGACAUCUCCGAGACGGUCAGCGAGACCUGGAGCACGGACGUGCUGGGCAGCGACUUUGACCCCAACACGGAUGAGGACCGCCUGCAGGAGAUAGCAGGGGCGACUGUGGAGAGCAUGCUGGGCAGCCUACUGUGUCUGCCAGGCUCAGGCUCCGUGCUGCUGGACCAGUACGGCUCCACCAUCUCCGAGACCACGAGCGAGGCCUGGAGCGUGGAGGUCCUGCCCAGCGACUCAGAAGCGCCCGACCUGAAGCAGGAGGAGCGUCUGCAGGAGCUGGAGAGCUGCUCAGGGGUGGGCAGCACCUCCGACGACACCGAGGUCAGGGAGGUCAGCUCCCGACCCAGCACCCCGGGGCUCAGCGUCGUCUCAGGUAUAAGUGCCACGUCCGAAGACAUCCCCAACAAGAUCGAGGACCUGCGGUCCGAGUGCAGCUCCGACUUCGGGGGGAAGGACUCGGUGACCAGUCCAGAUGGGGAGGAGUCAGGCCAUGGAGCACACCAUUUGACGUCACCCCCCUCGCAGGCGGAAUCCUUGCUGGCCAUGUUCGAUCCCCUCUCCUCCGGCGAAGGCUCCUCCACCGGCACCAUCGUGAGGCCCAAGGUGCACUACGCUCGACCCCCUCACCCUCCUCCCGACCCCCCCAUCCCGGAGGCCUGCGCCCUGGGCCAGGAGCCGCGUCACUCCCUCUUCACGCCCCACUGCCUGGCCGAGCUGGAGCACCCCAAGCAGCGACACUCCUACCCAGACAGGCUGGUGCGUAGCCGUAGCUCCGACGUGGUGUGCACCGGACGCAGGCCCACCAGCGACCCCGGCCUGAACCGGCGGGCGGCGGCCGAGGAGAGGGAGCCCGCAGGGGCGUUCUCCCUGGGACCCUCCUCCUCCCCCAGCAAGGACUCGCUCAAGGGAGAGGAGGAGAGGAAGGACAGCGACGACGAAAAGUCUGACCGUAACCGACCCUGGUGGAAGAAACGCUUUGUGUCGGCCAUUCCUAAAGCUCCGAUAGCAGCCUUCCGGAAAAGAGACAAGCAGGAGAAAGACGAGAUGGGCCAGGACCGAGUCCCACAAGAUGACUCGAUGUCCAGGAACAGCUCCCAGACACAGGCAGCAGAAGACAUCCUGGACAAGUACAGGAACAUCAAGCGGACCAGCCCCAGUGAAGGAGCCGCCGGCGCUGCUUACGACGGCCAUGGAGACUGUUUGGAUGAGAACCCCCACGAGUCCCCCAGAGACGAGGCCCCUCAGAACUCCACAGACGACCUCCUGGACUCUGCCAGUCAGACCCAGGCCAACUCUAAGUUCUCCUUCAGUGAUGCUAAGAAGAAGUUGCGUCUGGCCCUUUGCUCCGCUGACUCGGUGUCGUUCCCCAUGAUGGUUCCCGCCCCAAUCCGCAACGGCCUGCCCGACCACACCGACCCCGAAGACAAUGAGAUUGUGUGCUUCCUGAAGGUCCAGCUGGCGGAGGCCAUCAACCUGCAGGAUAAGAACCAGAUGGCCCAGAUCCAGGAGACCACGCGCUGCGUCAGCCGCUUCGACGCCCGCACCUGCAGGAAGCUACUGGCGGCCAUCGCCGAGGACUACAGGAAGCGGGCCCCCUACAUCGCCUACCUGACCAGGUGUCGGCAGGGCCUGCAGACGUCACAGGCCCACCUUGAGAGGCUGCUGCAGAGGGUGCUCCGGGACAAGGAGGUGGCCAACCGCUACUUCACCACCGUGUGUGUGCGCCUGCUGCUGGAGCACAUGGAGGCCAAGAUGCAGGACUUCAUCCAAGCGUUCCAGGGGUGCACGGCAUCGGACGACAAGACGGCGGCGGUGGAGGACUUCCUGCGCUACCUGUACGGCGCCAUGGCCCACGAUGCCAUCUGGCAGUACGCCAGCGAGGACCAGCUCCAGGACGCCCAGAUGGCCAUCGAGCGCAGCGUCAUGAACCGCAUCUUCAAACUGGCCUUCUACCCCAACCAUGACGGGGACAUCCUCCGGGACCAGCUUCUCCAGGAACACAUCCAGCGCCUCUCCAAAGUGGUCACAGCCUAUCACAAAGCUCUUCAGGUCCCAGAGGUGUACCUGAAGGAGGCUCCGUGGCCCUCCGCCCAGUCUGAGAUCAGGACCAUCAACGCCUACAAGACGCCCCGGGACAAGGUGCAGUGCAUCCUGAGGAUGUGCUCCACCAUCAUGAACCUGCUGAGCCUGGCCAACGAGGACUCUGUCCCCGGGGCCGACGACUUUGUGCCUGUGCUCGUCUUCGUCCUCAUCAGGGCAAACCCGCCCUGCCUGCUGUCCACCAUUCAGUACAUCAAUAAUUUCUACGCCAGCCGGCUUAGCGGGGAGGAGUGCUAUUGGUGGAUGCAGUUCACCGCAGCGGUGGAAUUCAUUAAGACCAUCGACGAUCGCAAGUGAAGCAGAACAGCCACCUGUAUGGGCAGACUGAGGGGCAGGAGCCGGUAGACUGGGACUCUGCCCAGCCAACUGCUCGCUCUCUCUCUGCCCGGCCCCCGGCCCCCAGCCCCCCUCUACCACACUCUCUGUUUGUAUAGCUGUACAUAGUCAGAGAAAUUGAAAGAUAACAAAGUAUAUAUGAUCACUGUAGGGCCUAAGUGGAACCUUGUUUAAUGGUGGAGGGGGGAGAACUGUUUUGGAAAAAGGGGGGCAAAUGUUAACUUGGAACUUAAAUCGUUUCGCGUUCUUUCAUUUAAUCUUUUUUGUCUCCUUUGUCAUGGUGCGGUGUUGGGAUCUGUGUUUGAAAUUUUAUAUCUAAACUGAAAUUCUUAGUGUUUAAUUGACAGAUAAAUAAAUGAAUCCGAUGGAAAAGGGACCAUGCUCUCUUGAGACGAUCGUCGGUAUCUGAGUGGGAAGGGCCUCCUUGGUUUAAUUGUGCAAUCUUUCCUCUUGAAUAUUCUUUCGACUAUUAAUUGUGCUCUUCGAAUGCAGCCCCGUCAAUCAGAUGACUAAUGAAUACCGGGAGAUCAGUCCACAUUUAUUACACGAAUGUCUCCUUCUUUUCAAGCUAGCAUAAAUAGUUGGGCAGCGUUGUCUUAAAUUGUCAUUCAGUUGAUCCUUUCCUAAAUACUUCCAUAAGUGGCAGUUUGGAAAUAAGGGCCCACAUAUUUAUGUGAAAUACCAAUGUAUUUAUAUUUCUUACGUUCUAUUUAAAAACGGUCUCUUCUUUAUUUUAUUGUACAAAAAGACAUCUCUUUUUCGUGCCCAUUUUGGAGAUUGGAGCCGGUGGUGAGUGUGGGGUUAUCUGAGGUGUCUUACUGCGUGCAGAGGAGAGGAAGAGAGGGGGUUCCUGUUCAGUGGGAGUCAGCCUGGAUACACGGUCACCACCAGCCCACUCCUGCACUGGCACAACUGCUGGCGUUUUGGAAAUUACUCAAAAUUAGUGCCUUUAGGAGGGGCGCUUUAGAUCUGCUGUUUUUAUUUCUUUCGAAGGUGAUUUGUGCCCCUAGUUUGACGUAGGUGGACCUCGCCCUUCAUGGCCAAUGUGACUGACUCGCCUCCGCGCAGGCUUCACAACACCACUGAUUGUCUUUCCCUUAAAUGCACUUGUGUUCAAUCUUGAACCAUCAGUCCCUUCAGUAUAGAGAUCUUACCUAAAAGUCCAGACCAAUAUAACCAAGCUCAGACAGAGGCUGGUCAUGUGUGUCUCUCUCCCAUUGGCUGGCAACAGCGUAGUAGUGGAUCACUGUGGGCGGGGCAUCAGAACCCCUCAUAGAUAUACAGGUGGAUGCUUCUCUUUACCGCAGACUGAUAUGUACAGUAACGGCCCAUUGAAAGGCUGUAGGGACUUUCUGGCUGUUGGUUUAGCUAGCCUUAUUAGCCUUGGCUAAUGAACAAAGUUUCUAAUGCUGAUUGAUACUGAGAUACUGCACGUAUCGGCAUAGCCAAACCAGUGAUUGAAUUAGCUCUGACCUACCUCCUCACAAGCUCCAGAAAGGGACUCUCGCGUUUAUUACACUUGUAUUCAUUAUUUUAUAGUUACGUUUUAGAGGACAUUUUUAUUUCCAUGCUGUUCUUUCACUUCUACUGCAAGCAUGUUUUCUUGACACUUAGUAGAGCUUAAGUCACCAAAAAUCAGUUGACGUUGAUGUUGCAGCUCCAUUACAAGAUUCAGGCAGACUUCCCCCUCUGAGUGUCUAUUAGCUACGUGCCAUGUGACUUUAGUUUUCUAUCUGCUCAUUGGUUGACGUGAAAUGAAAACAGCACAACUCGAUAAAUGAAUAGCAAACAAGCAACACUAUUUGACUUGAUACUGACCACCAGAUAAGAGUGUGUGUGUGUAUGAAAGACAAAGUGGGUGAGUAAGUGUGUGUGUGUGUGAGGAAUGUGUAUUAUGAGAAUAUAUAUCCACUCAUUGCAAGUGUUGUGUUAUCCCAUGUUAAGGUGUAGUAGUUGAUAAAAGUGCUCAUCUGUUCAGACAGAAACCAACUGCACUGGUUAGAAUUUGUUUGGCCAGUUCUGAAAGUUGAAAAAAAAAAAAAAAACUCAAACAAUUCAAGGUCUUCGUCAGAGUCUGUCUCCACAUUGUCUUCUACUUUCUCAGACUCUCAAGCUUCUAUUUGCACAGUCAGAGGCGUUUUCUCCCCGAAUUUGACAUGCACCUGAAAGUUUUCAAAAUGGUAACACUUUCCUGGUCCAUUAUCCAUUAUGUUUACCAUAACGAAAUGCUCGGACAGCAAAAGAUUAUUUCCAGUUGAGAUAAUGAUGUUGCUGGUUAGGCUUCAGGCCUGACUGUUACACCUGUCUUGACAUCAAUGACAUCAACACCUUUAGGAGCAAUCUUGAAAAUGUGUGACAAGUUAGUGUUCUAUUCCCACAACCUGAUAUGCUCCAGGUUUCACCAACAAAUGUGUGAACAUACAGUAAACCGUUUUUGAUUACGUUUCUGCGAGAUAAUUGCUACUGUCUUACUAGUCUGAAUAUAACUCCAUGUGUUGAUAGAUCACGAAAAUACAGAUUGUGUUCCAAAUAUGUGUGACAUCACCUUGGGUGACGUAUAACAAUAUGGACCUGGCUUGUUGCAUUGUACCCUUACAUAUCAGUAACAUGAAAGGAUUUCCAACUGGACUUGUCUCUGUUCAGGCUCUGGGGCAGCAACUUUAGAUGUGGAAAGAACAAGGUUAACAUUGCUGACAGACUGUAUGCAAACCAGGAAGUGGCUGCUGUAUUGGUGGAUAAAUAGAUACGGACUACGCAAUGUGUUCUUGAAAGCUUUACAAUUCUCCUUGUGCUCUGCUCCCUGUACAAAGUAGGCAUAACGAGCAGAAAAAUAAUCUGUUUUACAUUUGUAAGCUUGCACAAUUACGAAAUAUGCGGGGAAGGCGUCUUGUCUUUACUGUGAUUAAUGCAUUGUAUAAUUCUUUAAAAACAAUAAAAGAUCCAGACGUUUUUUUUCCUGUG